AACAGAAUUGAGAAAUGCAAUUUGUACAACAAAUUCGUCAUUUGCCAACUGUUCAAUUGAUUUGACUGCCCCAAACAAACUGUCAAAUGGGAGCUGUCAGUCCGUCUUUGCUGAACUGGUUUGUUAUUGUUUAGAAAUGCAUCUGCGCCUGUAAAAAAGCUGAAAGUGGACGAUAAAAUGGAUAAUUUGUUGGAUUUGCGUGCGGUUUGCUGUACUUGUUUGAAGGUUACACAUAGUACGAUAUCGAUUCAGCAAAAAGAUUUAAAGUAUAACGUUUCACUUGCGGAAAUGGUGAACAAAAUUUGCUCCAUUGAGUUCAAACCAAACGAUGAAUGCUCCGAUAAACUGUGCUAUACGUGUGCAGAUAAGCUUCGGAAUGCUUAUGAUUUUCGAUUAAUGUGUGAGGAUUCUAGAACCAUCCUUCUCAGCCAUCGGGAAAAUAACCAGCAUCCAGUGCCAUUGGUACUUCCUCAAGCAGAUGUUGAAGAGUUGAAUCAUGAUGAAAACCUCGCUUCCGUUGAUUCAAGUAACGAUUUGAUUGAGUAUGUCGGUGAGGAGGAAUAUCUGGAGGAAUAUCUAGUAGAUGUAGAAGAUACUGUAUCAUCCAAUCAUUGUCAAAACCUUGAAGAAGAUAUCGAUGAUUCAAUCAUUGAAGAAUGUAGCGACCAUGAGACCGUGAUUGAGGAACAAAGUAUUGCAGAGGAGGAUAAUGCAAUCUCUGAAAUAGAAACUGAGAGUGAAACAAACCCAGACCACCAUAUCACCGACGAGGAUAAGAUGUUGGAAAAUGAAAAUCGGUGCACUAUUUGUGGUGUUGUGUUAAGCAAAAUGGCUCACCUAAGGCGUCAUAUGAAAACUCACAGUGCCUCCAAACCUCAUCGAUGUACCCAAUGUCCGAAGACAUUUACACGAUCGGAUAAUUUACGAGUGCACGAAGCAAAUCACUCACAGGAGCGCCGAUUCAAGUGCCCGCAGUGUGACCAGCGGUUUAAACGUACCUAUGCCAUGAAGGUACAUAUGGGCGUACGACACAAACACUUUGUGGAAGCGAACUUUCAUGUCUGCACUAUUUGUAGUACGUUUUUUAAAACGGUAGAACAGCUGAAAGUGCACAUGAAUAAGCACCGGAUUGAAAAUCGGUUUGUUUGUUAUGUUUGUGGUAAAACCUACGCCGAAUUGUUGCCCUAUGAAGUGCAUGUAAAAAAGCAUGCGAGUGAAGAACCUUUCGACUGUUUCCAUUGCUCGAAACAGUUUCCUAGUAAGGCUCAUCUUAUGCUUCACAUACGGUACCAUUCCGCGGACAAAUCGUUCAAGUGCCGAUAUUGUGAGACAAGUUUUGCGCGGAUUAGAGACUUAAAGGUGCAUGAGGAUUAUCACACCGGUACAAAGAACCAUACGUGCAAAACGUGUGGCAAAAGCUUCCAUCGGCAGUGCGCACUGAAAACGCACAUGAUGACUCAUACAGAGGAAAAACCGUACCCGUGUUCACACUGUCCCAAAAAGUUUCGCCAGAAGUAUGAUAUGAUAACGCACGAGCGGCGUCACACAGGGGAACGGUUCCAGUGCGAUAUGUGUGUGGAAAAGUUUAUCCACGUUCAUCAGUUGAAUUCUCAUUUGAAAAUAGUACACAACUGCGAAGUGCAGUGUCGCAGGCGAGGCGUGACAAAAAUUUUUAACGAGCCUAGUUAUCCCACAAGACCUCCAGCGGAGAAAAGUGUCCAUGGUAACGAAAUUUAACUACGAAGCGCCACUUCCAUGCUUACUUCUAUUAGCGAAAAUGUACAAUAAAGUUUUCCACGUGUUGUUUAGUUUA